CACAGGGGUGAAAGUGAACACGAGUAGUUGCAUCUGAAGAAGGGGCGGGGGAGAGACAGAGACAGACAGAGCCAGAGAGAGAGAGAAGGCGAGAUCGAGGGUUUCAAGAAUCCAUAGAAUCCAAAAGCUUCAAGUACUAUUGUCUCUGUUCUCUCCUUUCGCUUCAGGCCACUUCUUGUUCUGAUCUACGCAAGAAGGGGAGAGAUUCUUGCGAUCAAUCAUUUCCUUCUGAAGGAUUUGAAGGAAGAGAGUAGCGAUUAGCUCUGGUAAAAAUGGAUUUGGACCAAUGGAUAUCGAAGGUGAAGGAGGGCCAACACUUAGCCGAGGACGAGCUUCAACUUCUAUGCGAAUAUGUAAAAGAAAUCCUGAUUGAGGAGUCAAAUGUGCAGCCUGUUAACAGUCCGGUUACAGUUUGUGGGGAUAUACAUGGCCAGUUUCACGAUUUAAUGAAACUCUUCCAGACUGGAGGUCAUGUACCAGAAACAAAUUAUAUUUUCAUGGGAGAUUUUGUUGAUCGUGGAUAUAAUAGUCUAGAAGUUUUCACGAUUCUUUUGCUGCUUAAGGCAAGAUACCCAGCUAAUAUUACUCUUUUACGUGGGAAUCACGAGAGCAGGCAACUAACACAGGUGUAUGGUUUCUAUGAUGAAUGCCAAAGAAAGUACGGAAACGCCAAUGCUUGGCGGUAUUGCACAGAUGUCUUUGACUAUCUAACUCUCUCAGCAAUCAUAGAUGGAACUGUAUUAUGUGUCCAUGGUGGCCUUUCUCCAGAUGUUAGGUCUAUUGAUCAGAUCAGAGUCAUUGAAAGAAACUGUGAAAUACCCCAUGAAGGACCCUUUUGUGACCUCAUGUGGAGUGACCCUGAAGAUAUUGAAACUUGGGCUGUCAGUCCUAGAGGAGCAGGCUGGCUCUUUGGCUCAAGGGUUACAUCUGAGUUUAAUCACAUCAACAAACUGGAUUUAGUUUGUCGGGCACACCAGCUUGUCCAGGAAGGUCUCAAGUACAUGUUUCAAGAUAAAGGACUUGUGACCGUCUGGUCUGCCCCAAACUACUGCUAUCGGUGUGGGAAUGUGGCAUCCAUUUUGAGCUUCAAUGAGAACAUGGAGAGGGAGGUCAAGUUCUUCACAGAAACAGAGGAAAACAACCAAAUGAGGGGACCCAGAACAGGCGUUCCGUAUUUCUUGUGAUGCAUGAUGUUGACACUUCUCCUGUCUGGGGCUUGCUGAUCUAACAUCCUUAGCCCCGCAGCCGCCCAUUGUGCCCAACAGCCUGCUUCUACACUUGUGUUUUGAAUAGUUUUGUGCUGUGUAGUUAUGAUGAAGAAGAUAAUAGCAUUUUGACCAUUUCAUUAUUAUUAUAGUUAUUAUUAUUGGUUAAUACAGUGUUUUGUUCUUG